GACUAGUUUUCAUAGGUAUGUAUCCUCAGGGGAGAUGUCGGAGAUCCUCGCGCAACAACGAACGAUGCUCGGCCUGCUUCUUCUAGGUAGAACUAGGUUCCGCCUCGUGAUAAUGUGAUUGAUGCGACUGCUGAGCCUGCUGCGACUGUUCGGGCUGUUGCGGCUGGCCGCCGCAGCAGUCACCUGGGUGGGUCCCGCGUACAAAGCAGCCACAUACACAAAGGGCACCCAAUCGACCUAUCUGCCUACCUACCUACACACCAAUGAAUGUGCAGGUUGUAUAGGUAGACAGGCAGAUAGGCCGAGGAGGGCGCCCCUCGUGGCCCCGUUUGCCCAUCCUCGCGAUCCGCCCUCUUGACCGACCCCUUACUUUUUCCAACCAUUACAGUAACAGUAGUAGUAGAAAGCA